CAACGUAAAACCGGAAAAAAGUCAGCUAGCAGACGACCCAUGCUAACACUGCUCAUUUUCUGCCGGUAGCUCUAAAAAAACCUGCCUAGUAAACACUGCUGCUAUGGGACUUGUAGAAACGACUCUAGAAAUUACGACCGUCCACAUGUGAAGGAUGUUUUCUCCAUUCGUUUCCCGAAGCCAAAAUGACGUCACCAGCCACAACAAAGCGUUGCCAUAUUGAGGAGGGGGCAAAACACGAGUCACAAGCAGUUGCUCUGUCGUGCGUUGUGGUACUAACGCGUUGAACUUUUGUGUUAUACGGUCUUUUUUUCCGUCGGAAUGACUAAAAGUUGCUGUGUGGUGGGUUGUAAAACAAGGAAGAGUUCGGAGCCGCAUUUGAAAUUCUUCAUUCUUCCUCAUGAGGAGAGAAGAAGAAGCAAAUGGCUAAAAGCUAUCAAUCGAGCAACAGUAAAAGAAGACGGUUCCGUUGACCAUUCUCGCCUGUGGGAACCUAACUCCAAGCACAAUUACGUUUGCAGCCGACAUUUCAUUACUGGUGCUAAAGUCAACAUGGAGACCCACCCAGAUUAUGUACCCUCCAUCUUCCCGGAGAAAGAAGAUAAAUCCAAUACUGGCUCUGGGUGUAAGGUGAAUGGAUUUAAGAGCGCAUCACGGAGAUCUCAAACAGUUCCUGGCAGGUGUCAGCCCUUGAAGCGCCGUCAAAGAGCAUCCCUAAAAGAUGAGAUUGAACAUAUUGUCAGUCGCGAGAGGGUACCACCAACGCCACAGCCAUUCGAACGCAUUUCAGGGCCAAAAAGAAGGAAAGUGUUGGUAAAUACUGAUCUCGACGCAGCAGAUAUGAUGUCACCUCCUGUUGUUACUAACGCAAAAGGAAAUAGAGUUACCUCUGUAGGGACUCAAACAGCUCUGCAACUCUGCUACAUAUAUUCAAAAGUGAAGGUGGAUGUUGGCUGUCAGACUGUAUAAGACAGUUACACGUGGCAGUCCAUGAUUGAAAACGUCAUACGAAAGAAUGCAGCAACCAAAUCAGGAUCCAGGCCUUCCUGUCCUGAUGUGCCUCCAAAGUGAUCAGAAACCUGAGCGUGAGACCCUCCUGACUCUGGAUGAUGUUAAAGAUGAUGCCUGAAUAAUGACGUUCUUACAGACUGAUACAUCAUAGUGCUCAUUUUUCAUUUAUGCAUCAAUAUUUGCUUUGUAUACUAUACAAUUGUAAGUCUGCCUUUCUUUGAUAUCCUGAACAAAGUUUGAGUCGACAUACAGCCAGCCACGACACAAGGACUUUUCGGUGACAACUGAAGUUAUGUCAUCCUCCUCAUCUCUGUCUGAGUCAGCUUUGUGGGAAAAGUGGGCAGAGAUUCCACCAGCCGAUGAUACACAUAGCCAUCCUUGUACAGUGGGGAUGGUAGGAACUUCUUCCAAUCAUUAUAUUUCUAGAGCAGUUUGUGGACUCCCUGUUUGGGUAUCUGCUUAUUUCCAGUACCUUUAUCAACUGAUACAUCGAUGCCUGCAGCUUUCCCUAUGCAAUGCAAUCUUUACAUCUCAAAAAUAUAUAAAAUAGUACAAUUUCAAGUAUGAGACUUGAGUCCUGCACUCUGUAACAUGUAUGUCCUUGACAUUUAUUUUGUGUGUGAGUGUCUAUAGACAAGGUGAUUCAAAAAGAAUGUGCCAAAACCAUUGCGGUAUAUUUAUAAAAACAAAACAGUAACGAGCUGGAUACAAGUAUUGUAUAUAACUUCAAGUUUUUAUUUCAAGCUUUACAAGUGUUCAAUGUGACCACCAUCGGCGGCACGGACAAGCGACAGGAUCCACGAAAACUCAAGCACACAAAACUCCUUCUGCUGAGGAGUCGCCGCUUUGAGCGUAAAUAAACAAGUGAUUUUCCGACAAAGAGAAAUUGAAAUUGACACCCAGUGAAAUGAGGAUGAUGCCUGUAUCAAAUGACCGCUAAUUCAGUAUUUCAGUAAUUUUAAAAUGAAUAAAUGCAUGUUAAAAUGAAUAAAUGCGUGAUGUGUUUGGCACAUUGUUUUUGAAUCAACUGUAUAUUAGUUUUUGGCCUCUUACAGAUACUUGUAGGUGGUACUACUGCUUUGACUGACAUUUACAUAUAACAGUCAUGUUGGCUUAUUUUCCAAAAAUAUGGAUAUUUAAAUAAAUUAGCCAUGUUUGGCCUAGCCCUUUUUUAGUAAGCCCGUCUAGAUCUAACAUUUAGCUUUUCUGUUGUAAAGAAACAACCUUUGUAAGGGGGAAGUGUAAAUGAAUUGAUAGAAUUAAGAUUUGUUAUUAAUGAAAAAAUUUGAAGUGUUGUUUGCUGUCACUGAAUAGCAUUUGCCAUCGGUACACAAAAAUUGCAAUAUAAAUUACCAUUAUUACCAAGAACUGUCAGACAGAGGAUAUAAUAUAUAAGACAGACGGGGCAUAUGGUAGUAAAAGAUAGCUUGUUGAAACAGGAGAAUGUCCUUGUCAGUGGUGUAAGGGGCAAUGUUAGUUAAAAAAAAAAAAAAAAAAAAGUCAAUAAAAAGCUCCCAUUGCAUCAGUUCGGCUCUUUUUCAGCCCUCUACACUCAACCCAUCUCUUUAACUGAAAAUUUGUAUGUUCUUCCCCAUUUUCACCAGUGAAUUUGGCACCAUUGACAUUAUUUCCGGACAUAAUUAGUAGGUUUAGCAAGGUGACAUCUCGUUCGUACGCUAUUUACAUGCGUCUAGUACAGAGGUCAGCAACCCACAGCUCUAGAGCCCCAUGUGGCUUUUUAGCACUGCCCUAGUGGCUCCCCGGACCUUUUUCAAAAAUGUUUGAAAAUGGAAAAAGAUGGUGGAGGAAAAUAUAUUUUUUAGGGCUGUCAAAAUUAUCGCGUUAACGCGCGGUAAUUAAUUUUUUUAAUUAAUCACGUUAAAAUAUUUGACGCAAUUAAAGCACAUGUCCCGCACUGUCCCAUGUCAGACAGUAUUCUGCCUUUUGGUAAGUUUUACAGCAAGGUUUUUUUUUGUGCUGUCUAACAGCGAACUCUUGUGGUCGCUUUGCGACAUGGUUUAUUGCUUUCUUGCCAGUUCAAUAUUGCUGCAUGACGUCUCGGGCUGACGCCUACGUUGUAAUGUUGUGCUUAUAUGAUCCUUGGACAAGAUUUGUCCGUAAGUAUGGUUGUUGUAAAGAAUGUACAUAUUAUGUUAGUAAGCGAAGUGUUAUAUUUUUUUGUAUGAGAUGCUUUUUGUUUAUGUUUAGUGAACCUGUAUAGCGUGCUAAGCUAACGUUGUUGCUAAUGUAAUGCUUGUGUACUUUUUUUAUGUAGUUUCACUACGGUCUAAAGAGGACAAUGGUUUGAGGCCAUUUUAUUAAUAAAUCAGAUGAAAAAGGAAGAAGUCUGAUUAUUAAGGCGUCGUUCACUAGCUGUCUAGCUUUGGAAAAAGUAGACGCUUCGGAGUGAGAACAGCAUAGACAGAUUUAAAUGACAGUAGAG